UGGCCCUAACCGCUCCCCGCACCCCUCGCCUGCACAAUGGGUCGUCUGGCGCCUGUAGCAUCGUGUUUGCUGAGGGCCCGGCAGCCGUUGACUGAGGCUGCGAUGGCGGCGGCAGGCCGGGGUCGGGAGCAGGACUCGGCGCGCUUCGUCUAUGUGAUGCGCUUCGGCUCGCAUCAGUGCGGUGGCGUCCUGCAGUUGGGCGGCCGCGGAGCUCAAGGCCUUUGGGGUCAGAGGCCUGGGGCUGGCUGUCGCCAGGAGAAGCCGAGGGAAGCAACGGCGGUGGCGGGCAUCCAGGGUGGCAGCGAGCUGCCCCCCGGUUCCCAGCCCAGGGUGCCCACGAUCCCUGGUGUGAAGGCUGCGACCUCUGCCACUUCCCAGCUGCUGGCGUCGAGAGUUCAGAGCGGCACCAGACUGUCGGCGCGUGCAGGUUUAAUCCAGAAGGAUGCAGCUAAAAAGUAUGAUUUUCCCAUACCAUUGAAUGAAGCUUCCAAAAUAAUGAAGAAAAAGAAAAAGGUUUUAGUGUGGAAUAGAGUAUACAAAGUCAUUUCAAGAAUGCUUGAAGAAAAUGAAAAAUAUAGACACAGGCUGAAAUGCCAAAGGUUAUCUAGUGAAAGCUCAAAUUGCACAAGAUGAAUCUUCUUAUCUUCUGUUAUAACUUAAUUACUUCGGGAGACUACGACGGUGUAGAAUUUGUGGUAACAUGAUCUUCUAGUGACUUUAUCAAAUCCACCUGUUUCCAGAUGGAAGGACACAGUGCCUGGGGAAAUGGCCUAGGUUUUUUUUGCCAUGUGGGCUCUCAAGUUUCCCUGCAUGGAGGGUCACACAACUUCUUUAUAUUAUGCUGGGUAAAUUUCAGGCUGCUAAAUCCUUAGGUGAAGCUUCAAAUUUUAGCUUAUGCAAUUGAAGUCCAUUGCAAAAUGAGACAUAUUUACACUAUUUAUACUGUAAUUUAUGCUGUAUAAAGUUUUGUAGUGAAUGUGAAUGAAGAUUUUAGGUUUGCUUCAAUGUAUGUUUAUAUUUAUGUGACUUAUACAACUUGGCAUAGUAGUCUGUUUUAAUUUAUUAGGUAUAUCAAUAUUUGUUAGAUUUAAAAUAAGAGUCUAAUGCUGGAUACAAACUCAGUUUAUUUCACUGCUCUAGAACCAUGGAGGAAUGAAGACUCCCACUGAAAUGAAUGUUCUAAAUAUUUGUUCUAAAUCUUUUAAUUUUUGUUUAAUAAUUUCUGGUGAAUAUGUGUUCAAUCUGUUAUGUUAAAUAGAAUAUAAUAAACAUAAGACUUUACUGAUACAUCAGUGAACAUAAGCUGCAAUACUGUAACUUAUUUCUGUUCUAUAAUUUCAGUAGGGGCUAAUGACCCACCCCUGCUACAUUAAAGACUUCAGACUGCA